AUGAGGACAGCUUUAACUGCUGUUGUUACUCUUUCGAUUAUCACAUCAUUAGCGGCAGCCUAUAGAAAGAAACCUUUAUGCGAAAUGUGCGAAGGACUCAUUCAAAAAAUUGAUGAGAUACUCGAAAAGGGUGGAGACAUUGAGGAGGCUGUGGACGAAUUCUGUCGUGAGGAUGUCCCAAGCUUUCUUGUUGAUUACUGUGAGAAGAUAAUCUCGAAAAAUCUCAAAUAUAUCAUUGAGAAAUUAAAGGUUUGUCGUCUUUCUUCGCUUCCACCUUUGCAACAAUUUGCGCUUCGCAUUUAUAAUGUCGUUUUUUCGCUAUUAAACGGCAACAGUUAUUUGCAAAUCUGGAUUGCUCAGGACUACAUAGAACACGAUCCACCAGAGAAAAUAUGUACUGAUAUUCACCUUGGCGCUCUUUAA